AUGAACCCAGUAAAGCCGCAAAAAAGAAACCACCGGCAGCGCGCACACUCAAACCCCUUUUCAGACCACAAUAUUACGUACCCCAUGAACCCAGAGGCGUACAACCAUCCUGUGGACAUGGUGGACAUUGGCUGUGGGUACGGAGGCCUUCUUUUCAAGCUUUCCGAAAUGUUUGAGGGCGCGCACAUUUUGGGAAUGGAAAUUCGCGAAAAACUGGUUGACUACGUCAGCCUGAAAAUCAAGUUUGAGCAAGAGACAGAGAACAAAAGCAAAAACGUGUCUGUGGUGAGAACAAACAGCAUGAAGUUCCUCCCAAACUACCUUGCCAAGGAGAGCAUCCAAAAAAUGUUCAUCCUUUUCCCGGACCCCCACUUUAAAAAGAAGAAGCACAAGGCCAGGAUAAUUUCCAAAUCCAUGCUGGACAUAUACCAGUACGUAAUAAGGCCGAACGGCUUGCUAUACAUAUCCACAGACGUGGAGGAGCUGUUCCACUACAUGGAUGCGUGCGUGUGCGAGCACCCGCUGUUCACCAAGCUCCCUGAAGACGACGCUAAAGAGGACCCGCUGUACGAGGUUAUUAUAGAGACCACAGAAGAGUCGAAGAAGGCAGACAUGAAGCACUCGAACAAGUACCGGGCAAUAUACAGGCGAAACCCAUAG